AGAAGAUGAAUGACAAAGACUGAAGAGAAUGAUAUAGAUUGAUCAGAUGCCGACUCAUGAAUUCUCGACGUUAUGUUGCGAAACGCGUGAAACGGCGAGAAAGGUGGUUCAUCACUUCCGGUCUUCUGUUCUCGCUGUUUGUUUACUAUAGGCCCAGUAGCGAUAUUUUUAUUUAGCGCUUUCUUGUAGUUUAAAUGUGGCAUCAUCUGGUUAAAUGGAAACGAGAAAUAGAAGGAAUGUUCGAGCAGAACUGUACUGCCUGGUAGCCUACCUGUCUUUUGUUUGCUACCUUGGGGCCUAGGGGAGUACCAGCUUGUGAAGCAAAUAUAUUUCAUGAUGAUUUAUUGUGAUACUGAUAAAUAAUUAUAUAAGGGAAAAAUAAACAGAUCUUGUUGGCUGACAAAAUGAUGACCGUAGAUUCAAGUUAUGUUGCACCUUUUACAUCGGCAACAGUGUUUCCAGAACAGUCCCAUGAAGAAAUGAUGGCGUAUGAAACUUGGAGACUGAAAUCAUUUGAUGAAUGGCCACCUGAAGCAUAUGACAAGGCACGACCUAUGGCAUUGGCUAAAGAUGGUUUCUAUUAUACUGGUACUGAAGAUAUUGUAAAAUGUUUUAGUUGUGGUGUACAAAAAGGACAGUGGAUUUUUAGAUCCAAACCAAAUGUUGAACAUCAAAGAUUAAAUCCAGAAUGUCUGCACCUACGUGGACAAGAUGCCAGAAAUAUUUCAGUUUAUUUACCUGACCCUGAAACUCAUCAGACAAUUUUGGCAAAUCUUCAUGAAAGAUAUUGUUCAGGAGACUCUUCACAUUCUAAUUCUAUUUCUCAAUUAGAAACAAUUUCUUUUAGGACUAACAAUAACAUGGAUAGACCUAAUAAUAUUAGUAGUCAAAAUACAGUGAUGAAUCAACCCAGUCUAUUAUUACAGUUAAAUACCUCUUCAUCUUUUAAUUCAAAUGUUAUUAAUCGUAGUGAUAGCUCGGGUAGAGGUCCUGUAACACAACUUAGUACACCUUUAAGAGAAGAUAAAGUUAUUAUGUUGUCAGAAAUGGCCCGUUUACAGACUUUUAAAGACAGCUGGCCUCAUUGCAGUCCUUCACCAAAUGACUUGGCUAAAGCUGGUUUCUCCUUUACUGGUGCACCAGAUAGAGUUCAAUGUGUGUUUUGUAAUGGCAUUUUAAAAAACUGGCAAGAUGUAGAUAUACCUAUGAUAGAACACAGAAAACAUUUUCCUUACUGUCCAUUUGUUUGUGGUCAACAAGUAGGUAAUAUACAAAUAGAUGUUAGAAGUCCUGUUAGUACAAGUUAUAAUGAAAGACUUGAUGCAACCCAAUCUCAUGGAACAGGUGCCACUAAUCAAUUUACUCCAGUAUCUGGUAUUCAUACAGAAAGACCACGUCAUCCUAAUUAUGCUACUGAAGCAUCCAGAAUUGCUUCUUACACUAAGUGGCCUAGUGGUCUUUCACAAACACCUCAACAGUUAGCCAAAGCUGGAUUCUUCUAUGCAGGAUUUGAUGAUAGUGUAAAGUGUUUUUAUUGUGACGGUGGAUUAAGGACCUGGGAAAGAGGUGAUGACCCAUGGGAAGAGCAUGCCAAAUGGUUCUCCAGAUGUCCAUAUGUACUACAGGUCAGAGGUGAAGCCUUUGUUCAACAAUUUCACAAUCAUAAUAAUGCAUCACAAAAUACAGCUAGUGGAGAUAAUACAAAUGAUCCAAGUACCAUAGAUCGUAAUGUUUCAGCCAGAAUUGAUUUGCCUGUAGUGCAAAAUGUAUUAAAAAUGGGUGUUCCUCGAGAAGUAGUGAUAAAUGUUAUCAAAACUAGAUUACAAAACACAGGUGAUGAUUUUCCUAGUGUGGAGAUGUUAUUAAAUGCUAUUUAUGAUGCCAAUGAAAAGACCACUUCAAAAGCUCAAACACCACCCCCACAAGAUCAACAGAAAAAUGCAGAUGAUAGUAAUAAGGAUUUACCUAACAGAAAUGAUGAAGAGAUAAGUGGUGAAUCUAAUGCUGAUCAUGAAUCGCUGAUUUUAGAGAACCAGAGACUAAAGGAACAAAGAACAUGUAAAAUUUGUAUGGAUGAAGAAGCUAAUAUUGUGUUAUUACCGUGUGGUCAUUUGGUUAGUUGUGCAUCAUGUGCACCAGCUUUGAGAAAAUGUCCCAUUUGCCGUGCUAAUAUUAAGGGGACAGUGCGUACAUAUCUCUCUUGACUGUUAAUGUUUGUCAUUUUUGAAAAUAAAAGAGGUAUUGAACCUCAUCUCUGGAGUAA